UAAAAGGGAUCGUCGCAAUACACAGCAGCACGAUUCAAGCCGGAAGUCCGCCACUAACCAAGAGGAAAGGGAAAAAGGAGCAGCGAGGCAGACGAAUCGCUGGGGCACCGUGGCAAACGCUAUGCGACUUUUUUUGUUCCUCCCCAUAUUGUCAUUUCUAUAAUGGCGCUGGUUUUCACACUUUUGCGUAUACUGCUGGGACUUUUGUUUGUGCUUGCAGGUGUAGUGAAACUAACCGAUAAGAUAUCGGAGGACAUCUACAUGCACAUGCGCGCCCAGUUUGUGGAGUUCUCGGCCGUAUUCCCCCUGCGGAUAGUGGGCCUCCAUCUCGAGCCUGAGCAGUACCUGAUCGUCACUGGCUGGCUGGAGCUUGUAGCCGGAGCUUUGCUGGCUUUCGGGCCCAGGAUUUUGCAGGAGAUCAGCAAUCUUGUUCUCUCCGUGGUCAUGAUGGGUGAGGAAACAAGACCGCAAGCUGAUUGGCUAUAUUCACCUUGCUGAAGCUGCAGCAGCCUCUCUACAUGUGUUGCCCUGCGGCGGUGUUCCUGGGACUGCUGCUGCUGCUGGCUGUCCGGGGCCGGGGGACCAAAAGCAAGAUACACUGACCCUCCCUUUUGUGUGCCGCUGGAGGAACUGCAGAUGUCACAUUCCAUAAACCACCAGCCGCUGCCAGAGUUAACGAUUGACUGUUAAAUGGAUGCCUUUAAAAGCCCUUUUAGCAAAUAUUUGAUAAAAUAUGCAUUCAUUUCAAUAUAAAACUGCAUAUUGGUGGGAUAAUGACAAACACAUUUGGGGAAUAUCCACAUUUAACUGCUAUUAGUUUGAUGUAUUUAAUACGAAAUGCGUAUUUACACUAUAUGUGAUUUCUAAGCAUAGAAAUUGACACAUGGGCAUACAGAACAUGAUAAAAUUGUGUAAUUUCUAUUAAAACUAUAUUGUAUCAGUUUGUAUCAGGAAACUGGAAGCAUUACCAGGCAGUUAUGAUGAGCCCAAAAAUUACAACUUAAGAAAUCACUAAGAAUAUGCCACAUUCAGCAUUUAAUUUCAUACUUCCUCUAUUUCUGUUCAGUAAUGAACUGGAAUAUUUUGCAGUGUGUUUAAAUGAAAUUCUAUUAUUUCCUAUCAAUUUUAAUCCAUUUGAGAUAUUUGAAACUUUGGCACAUUUUACUUAAUGGGGUUACGUGUAAAAUGCAAUGAUAAAACUGCGCUUCUUGUUGUAUCAGUCCUGUUUUAUUUGUAAUUGUUGUUUUUUCAAAAUAAAUUACUCUGUAAUAGUCAGUGAAA